AUGGCUUAUUUCGGAAAUAAUCCAUAGCGUGGAGAAUUACAAGAGCUUUAUGCUGAUUUAAAUGACUUGAAUUUUGAAAAGAAGAAAGAAGUAAUGAUUAACAACAAUAGUGUAGGCUGUUAAGAAGGUGAUUGCUUAUAUGACAGUGGGCAAAGACGUAUCAGAUCUAUUUCAAUCUGUUAUAAAGUGUUUAGAAUUUAAUGACAUAGAGAUGAAAAAAUUAGUAAUGAUAUAUUAUUAUUAUUCUUUAGAUUUAUUUAUAUAUUGUUAACUAUUCUAGAUAAAAGCCAGACGAUGCUAUAAUGGUGAUACAAAAUUUUAGAAAAGAUGUCAGAAAAUCAGAGAAUCCUUUGGUAAGAGCACUAGCCAUAAGGACUUUUGGGUGCUUACGAGUACCAAAACUUAAUGAAUAUUUAAUAGAGCCUCUUAAAGAUUGUAUAUAAGAUGAUGAUCCUUAUGUUCGUAAAACUGCAGUUUUGUGUGUUCCAAAAGUAGAUAGUAAUUUGAUUACUUUAGGUAUAUGAAGUGUCUCCUGAAAUAUGUCCUCCUCUAUUGGAAUUACUUUAGAAAUUAUUAGAGAAGGAAUCAAAUGCUUUAGUUUUAGCUAAUUUGAUUUAAUCAAUGAGAGAAAUUGAGGUUGUUAGUGGCAAAUAAAUUAUCAUUUUGAAUUAGAAGAUUAUUUAAAAGUUGUUAUUAGCUGUUGAUGAAUGUAUAGAAUGGGGAUAAAUAUUUAUUUUGGAUUAUUUAGCCACUUAUAAUCCAUAAGAUUCAAAAUAAGCUGAAAUAAUUAUUGAAAGAACACUACCAAGAUUGAGUCAUAUAAAUCCAACUGUUACAUUCUGUGCUGUUAAGGUUAUACUCAAAUAUUUGGAUUUCUUAGAUAAUGGAGAUCUAGUUAAAAAUCUAUGUAAGAAAGUGGCACCUUCAUUAAUUUCUUUGUUAUCUUGGAAUCAACCAGAAGUAUAAUACACAAUUCUAAGAAACAUCUCUUUGAUUUUGUAGAAGUUUCCAAUCUUAUUUGAAAAUGAUGUUAAAGUGUUUUUCUGUUCUUUUAAUGAACCUUACUAUAUCAAAUAUGAAAAAUUAGAUAUUAUGGUUAGAAUUUGUGAUUCCAAAAACUUUGGACAAGUUCUUAAUGAACUUCUCAUAUAUUUAAAUGAAGCUGAUCCUCAUUUUGUUAGAAAGACUAUUAAAUCUAUUGGAAAAAUUGCUAUCACUUAUGACAAAGCAUUAGAUAAGUAAAAUAAUACUCUAAAAUUAUAGAGCAGUCUCUAUUUUAGUAGAAUUUGCUAAAAAUAUUCAAUAACCAACAGAACCAGUCUAAGAAUUACUUAUAUAAAUGCAGCUUAUUUAUAAAAAAAACAAAUAAAUGUAUAAACAUGAAGAGAGUCUAAAAAUCAUAUAUUCUAUUAUUGAUUAUGCAAAUGAACCAGAAUCAAAAGUAAUAAUGUUGUUUAUUGAUAAUAUAGAGUGCAUGUGCAUGGAUAGUAGGAGAAUUUGGUGAAUUUAUACCUAAAUCAGUAGAAAAAAUGAAAGAAUAUAUUGAUAAUUUUUAAAUGGAAGACAGAUUAGUUUAACUUUAAUUACUUACAUCUGCUGUCUAAUUAUAUCUCAAAUAUCCAUCAUAAUGUUCUAUUCUAAUAUAAUAAUUGAUCACUUCAGCCAAAGAUUCAUUUAAUCCUGAUGUUAGAGAUAGAACCUAUAUAUAUUGGAGAUUAUUAUCAACAGAUCCUGAAAUUGUUAAGAACUUAGUUUGCUUUAAUAGUGGAACCUUCUCCAAUUUUUCAAAGGAUCUACGCUUAUGGGAAACAUAAGAUUUAGUUUUGGCUUUGGAGAAUAUGGGUAACAUCAGCAAUCUAUUUCAUAAAUUACCACAUUAAUUAUAUAAAAAUAUCAAAAUUAAAGUCAAGUAUAUAUUUAUUUAUUUAAAUUUUAAAGCAAUUAAUAGGAAGUUAAAAUUUAUAAAGGAGAUGAAAAACCAGAAAGUUAAGUUAAAGAAUAAUAAGAUGAAAAUUAGCAAAAUAUCUAAAAGGAGUAAUAAUAACAAUAAGAUAUUGAUCUUUUAAAUUUUGAUGAUCCUCCUGUUAAUAAUAAUAAUAAUAAUAAUAAAAGUAAUAAGACAGAUGUAUUUGAGCUUAUUUGA